AUGGCCCAACCCACGGCCCAACUCGGAAGAUGGGUACAAGAGCAGCAUCAGAGAAAUGAGGAAGCAGAGAAGAAAAGAAUCGGAUCUUAUUCCCUUCUGUCGCCGUCUUCAGGCGCGAUUCAGCUCGCCAACGCUCGACGGCGGCCCUGCGGUGCGCUCACGUCCCGGUGGUGGCUCACCGGAGGCUACGGCCCAUCACAGAUGGUAUUCAGAGCCGUUCCAAUCCCUGGAGAAAUUUUUUGCCAUCCUACCCUACCCUAUUUCUCUCUCGAUUCCGCUCAAAUCCGAGCAGUCGGGAGAACCAUAUUCGACCGGGAGCUGUUCCACGUCGACCUCGACGAUGCACCCGUCUUCGACGCCGACACUGACAACCUCAGCGUCGAACCCAUCUUUGACGACGUGGUGUUCGAGGACAUUGAGCCCAACUUCGACGACCUCGAUGACGAGCCCCUCUUCGACACCAAGUUCGACGAGCUCGACAAGGGAUCAGUAUUCGACACUGAGUCGAUCCCCGACCAUGUCGCCGUCUCCGUGUUCGAGUUCGUCAGGCCGGAGUAUGAUGCUGAGCUCACCGUCUUCGACACCGACUCGGACAGCCUCAACGACCUGCCGGUAGUCGACAUGGGGCCGGUCCAUGACGCCGAGCUCGCCGUGUUCAACCAAGGAAACGACGGCUCCUCGACUGCACACACCGGCGUCCUCGACGGGCACCCUGUCUUUGACGUGGAGCUCGUAUUUGAUGAGGAGCCUCUCAUCGAAAUCGAUUGCAGCAUCUUUAACACUAAUGCGCCCUUCAUGUGUUUGACAGAUUGUCUGAGCUACGUCGAUGACAUGGUGUCUGCUACUUUUAAGGAGGGGCAUAUCUUUGAUAAGGAGACUGUAGUAGAAGCAGUACAGAAGGAAAGUGGCAGGGAUUACUAUACUGCUCACGGCGGUACUACAUAUGUUCAUUGUAAAGCUGGAAGAGGACGAAGCACCACUAUUGUAUUGUGCUACUUGAUUAAAUACAGGAACAUGACCCCUGAAGCAGCUUUGGAUCAUGUACGAUCCAUUAGGCCUCGAGUGCUUUUGGCGCCCUCGCAGUGGCAUGCUAUUAGUUCAUUUGGAGCUCUCACCGGUGGACAACUUCCAGUAUGGAGUACGAACUUGGCCUGUUUCCUAGAAGCCAUUGAAGCUGGCUGUACGAACACAGGAAAUGAUACUAUAGUGCAGCAAGAUAACAUAGAUAAAGAGAAUGACUCUGCUAUGAAAUUAGACGUUUCCAGUUCCAUGGAAAAACCUUCAGGCCAGGGGCCAGAGGAGUCUAUCCUUGAGAGCGAUGUUAUUAUGCAAGGGAUGUCUUCAGAUGACAUGACCAAAGAGAAAGAUCUAAACAUUGGGGAAGCUACAUAAUCUGAGAAGUGUAUUGGUGAUGUCCCCAUAGAAUGUGAUAAACAUGGUGAUAGUGAACCAUUGAGCAUGGAAGGCAAAAUCAUUUCUGGCAAUGUGAAUGUGAAGAACCAAAUAUCGAGGGAGGAUCUAAAAGAAGCAUUCAAAAAUUUUGGAACUGUCCGGAUGCGCCAACAGAGUGAAACCCUAGGAAAACAUGCCAUGCACUUUCUUGCUGGUUAUAUUUCCAUGUUUUCUACACAGGGUCCUUUUCAGACAGGGAUAACACGGGGAGCUCUUAGCACAUAUUAGAACAGUGAAGAUGUACAGUUGGGAGAAACUAUUCACUGAACGUUUGGUGGAAAGAAGAGAAUCAGAAGUGAAGCAUCUCGCGACAAGAAAAUAUCUGGAUGCUUGGUGCGUUUAUUUCUGGGCAACCACACCGACAUUGUUCUCCCUUUCCACCUUUUCUAUUUUUGCAAUAACGGGACACGCAUUGGAUGCUGCCACGGUAUUUACUUGUGUUGCACUCUUUAACACACUAAUAUCACCGCUAAACUCAUUUCCAUGGGUUAUUAAUGGGAUGAUUGAUGCUGUUAUCUCUAGCAGACGACUGAGUAAUUAUUUAUCUACUCCAGAGCAUCACUCAUCCGAGUUAAAUGCCUCUGCUGACCUUUUAAACCACCACUUUAAGAGAUAUUCCAAAGUAACUCAUAAUCCAAUGGCCAUCAUCUUUCAGAAUGUAUCCUGUUCUUGGUCUAGCAGCUCUGUUGCUGAACUGAACAUAGUUCUCAGAGAUAUAUCUUUGCAGCUACAAAAGGGCUCUUUAUUGCAAUUGUAGGUUGGUUCUGGUAAAUCAUCUUUAUUGAACACAAUCAUUGGAGAGACUCGUGUCAUCAGUGGGUUCAAUUGCCUAUGUACCACAGGUACCAUGGAUUUUAUCUGGCUUUUUACGAGAUAAUAUUUUGCUUGGUAAAGAAUUUGAUCCAAGGAGAGGAGAUAUGUCACAUAUUGGAGAGAAAGGUACCAACUUAUCUGGUGGACAAAGAGCUCGUCUAGCAUUGGCAAGGGCUUUGUACCACAAUUCUGAUGUAUACUUGUUUGAUGACAUCCUUAGCGCGGUUGACUCCCAAGUUGCUUCGUGCAUCCUGGAAAAGGCUAUUAUGGGGGCACCAACUAAUGCAGAAAACAAGAUUACUAAGCACACACAAUCUUCAGGUAGUUUUCACUGAAUCUUGUCCAAAAAAAAACUACACCACAUUGGUAUUAAAUGUAUGAAUCGUCCUUUUCCCCUCUAUUCAACUUUUGUUAUAGAGGCUCGACAUGAUUUUAAUAAGGUGCGUUCACAUUUUAUGUUUUCUAAGUAAUUGUUGCUAGGCCGAGGGAAGUAGCUACUUUGACCUGCUCAAUAUGGGAGACAACUAUGACAGAUUCUGCUCUUCUGAAUCCUAAAAUGACGGUGCAUUACAGUAAAACGACAGAGUUCUGAUGGCUCUGUUAUGUCCGAUGGCCCCGGGCAGCCGUCGGACAUAACACAAUACGUCUGACGGCUGGCAGAGAGACUAAUUGGUCUACUAAAGUAGCUACUCUGACCUGCUCAAUAUGGGAGACAGCUAUGACAGAUUCUGCUCUUCUGAAGAAGCUAUUUUGAUCGAUUUUGGCUGCAACGGUCAA